GCCAGAUCAGACGACAGAGCCCGGCCAGACUGCAACAUGUGCUCGCCACUGCUCGCUGCGUUUCAGCCCCUCAGCGCACCUGGCACGUCGCUCGGCUCCGUUUUAACGCGCUCGCUUCUCUCUCUCCGUCUGUUUUGCUCUCCACAUCAUGCUGGCAGCCGAGCGGGUCAAUGGGGACCACACGGUGAAUGGCUGUUAACUGCGCCCGUCAACGCGCACGGAGCUAUGGACUGCAGUUUUACUUGAAGAGAGGCACAUGGAGAACCCAGCCAAGUAUCUGUCAUCGGUGCAGAGGACUGACUCUGUGCCGGCACCCUUGGGAGAGAUUAUGUGGAACAGCACCGAAACAGAGGCAACAGACGACGGGAGGAAGGAUAUGGUGGUGCGCACGGUGACGGGCUGUCUGCUGUCCCUGCUCAUCCUAUGGACCCUGCUGGGGAACAUCCUGGUGUGCGCCGCGGUGCUGCGCUUUCGGCACCUGCGGACCAAAGUCACCAACAUUUUCAUCGUCUCCCUGGCUCUAUCGGAUUUAUUCGUGGCCGUCCUGGUGAUGCCCUGGAAAGCUGUGGCAGAGGUGGCGGGGUACUGGCCGUUUGGCACUUUCUGUAACGUGUGGGUCGCUUUCGACAUUAUGUGCUCCACCGCCUCCAUCCUCAACCUCUGCAUCAUCAGCGUGGAUAGAUACUGGGCCAUCUCGAGCCCCUUCCGCUACGAGAGGAAAAUGACCCAGCGUGUUGCCUUUGUUAUGAUAAGCAUCACUUGGACGUUGUCUGUGCUCAUUUCAUUCAUACCGGUCCAGCUCAACUGGCACAAAGCCAGCGCUGACGACGCAGCCGGGGCGCACAACUCCUCCGCGAGUCGGCAGGUGGAGGAAAACUGCGACUCCAGCCUGAGCAGGGAGUAUGCGAUAUCCUCCUCUUUGAUAAGUUUCUAUAUUCCCGUGGCAAUUAUGAUUGUGACUUACACCAGAAUAUACCGGAUUGCACAAAUACAAAUCAGAAGGAUAGCCUCCUUGGAGAGGGCGGCAGAGCACGCGCAAAGUUGCAGGAGCAACAGAAUAGAGUGCCAACACCACACCACCUUGAAGACGUCGAUCAAGCGGGAAACCAAAGUGUUCAAAACUCUGUCGGUGAUUAUGGGCGUGUUCGUGUGCUGCUGGCUACCUUUCUUCGUCCUGAACUGCAUGGUCCCGUUCUGCGACAGGCCCGCCACUGACCGGGACGCGGGGCUGCCGUGCGUCAGCGAGACCACCUUCGACGUCUUCGUGUGGUUCGGCUGGACCAACUCCUCCCUGAACCCCGUCAUUUACGCCUUCAACGCCGAGUUCAGGAAGGCCUUCGCCAGCCUCCUGGGGUGUCGUAACUUCUGCUCCAAUACGCCGGUGGAGACGGUGAACAUCAGCAACGAGCUGGUCUCAUAUAAUCAAGACACCCUCAUCCACAAGGAGAUCGUGAACGCCUACGUCAACAUGAUCCCCAACGUGGUUGAAUGUAUCGAGCACGAGGAGACUUUUGACAGGAUUUCACAGUUUUCUCACAACAACGAGAACCCCACCGACUCGGUUUGCGACCUGGAGGACUGCGAGGCGGACAUCAGCCUCGACAGGAUGUCCCCGUUCACACCUAAUGGAUUACACUGACUCCAACGUUCAUGUCUCCCCGUGCGUAAAAUGGAUGUAUUGAUAUCAACGCCAUCGUUCAUUCUGCUCCCAUCUUCCCCCCGCAAAAAAAAAGCUCCGAUCAGGGGAGCUACUGAGCAGCGGCCCUCGCCGCUGCUGCGGGAUCUAUUUCAUGACUUGCUCGUGGACACCCCAGCAGGGCAGUGUCUCUGUAGCCGCCCUGCUUUGCCUCGUAUAUGAGAUGUGAUGUUGUCGUCCUGUUCUGGAAAAAGAAAAAAAAAAAAAAAAGAAAAAAAGAAAAAAAAAGUGAUGUGUAGGUGUUUAUUUACAUGACAAGUGAAGUCUGUGUUCAUUUGUUCAAAGGUUCAGUGUAGUUGAAGCUGUUGUUUACGCGCAGGCGGAGCGUCCGUGUCUCUUAUCCAUCCAGGGUUUGGGGGGAGGGGGCAGGCUCAGUAUGGAACAACCUUUUUGCUGCUUCAAAUCCUCACGUGUAUCCAGUGCCCGUCUUACCCACUGAGUAUGAAAACUGAGGGCAGCCUUACAGACAGUGCAAACCAAGACAGUUCUACUCAAAUGCAGUCUUUUCCAGCGCCUUAUAGCUUAUUCAAAGAAGGAGUUUGGAGACAUGAGAGGAAUGUGUCUGUGUGGAGAUUAAGUUACAUGAUGCCAAAAUGCAGUAUUAAAGUGUUUACCCACCCCAGUGACUCGUCCAGCACACCUGAUCUGCACCUCAUGGACUGUAUGCAGUUUGAUCCAGACUCCAGAUGGCCUUUGAUGGAGCCGAACAUGCAGCUACAAACACAUAGCAGUGGGCCUGUUUACACUGGAUUCACUCAUCCAAAUCAAAGAACCCUGCAGCCAUUGUAAGAGUGAAAAACUGUGACUUUUCUGUGAUCUCUCGUUUCUCAUCGAGGCCAAAAGAACGACUGAACGGUUCGGCUCUCUCAGGCGCACUGAGCUCACACUGAGCUCGCAGAAGAAAGCAGAAAAAACAAAGAAUCCACACUGUCCUGAAUGACCAAAGAUUUCAAGGAGUGAAUCGAUAACUCUGACACAAUGAGGCGACGGAGUUUUGUCAGCCAGAGGAAUGGUCGCUAUAAACACACACACACACACACACACACACAGGCCACUGGGUCAACACAACCGGAUGUCACACACCACCUCUCCCCCACACCUCUCACCUCUUUAACUUUGUACUGUACAGAUGACCUGAUGAUCUGAAUGUAUACUGCUGUCCUUUUAACAGUGACGUGUGUCAUCAUUUGUCUAAUAAAAUGCCGUCAU